UUCCUCUCAUAUCUAUAAAAACCAUUGAAAAGUUGCCGGUGGCCAAAACGGCUUUGAGCUUUACUUCGAGAUCAUGCGUGUGACACUGUGCCUUCUUGUGGUGGUCUUUGGCUUGGCCAGGACACAGGUUAUCCGUGAUGUCCAAGAAGGGUCAGGAGGACUCGACCAAGAAGUGAAUUGCGACUUUCAAAAUGGAGUGUGCGACUGGCUUCAUGUAGUUGGCUCUAAGCAGCGUCUCAGCAUUAAAGAGAACACGGAUGGAGGAAAAUACCUCGCCUUCUCUGCACCCGAGGACUCUCCGGUAGAUCGCGAGGUCUACACCCGCGUUACCUUGGGCAAGUUGGCGGCAGAUCAGUCGUACUGUCUCACAAUCUCCUACUCCUUGACCGGCAGCAACACCAAGCACAUCAUACUAGAGCAACAGCCCUCGGAGAAGCUCGAAGAUCUUCAAGGAGAGGACAAUGAUUGGGAAAAGGUUCAGCUGUCUCUCUCUGGACAGGAUAAAUUGGUCCGCCUGAAGCUCAUGUUCAGUCCAGGCUCGUUUGGUGACAUCAACAUUGCUGACGUCACUUUGUCACCAAACGCCUGCGAGUAAGAUGCCAAGGUACACGUAUGACAGGUAGAACAUUAAAGUUGCCGAAGUGGAUUUGUCACUACUGGCACUUUCUUCACCAUAAAAAAUAAACAAAAGAUUGAAUCGA